AUGGAACCACAUAACAAGACACGAGUUUCAAAAUUUCUCCUUCUGGGACUUUCAGAAGAAACAGAACUUCAGCCCCUCAUAUUUGGACUUUUCCUCUCUAUGUACCUGAUCGCUGUGUUUGGAAAUCUGCUCAUUCUUCUGGCCGUCACUUCAGACCCACGACUCCACACACCCAUGUACUUUUUUCUCUCAAACUUGUCUUUUGUAGACAUCUGUUUCACCUCCACCACCAUUCCAAAGAUGCUACAGAACAUUCAGACACAGAACAAAGUCAUAACCUAUGAAGGCUGCAUCACCCAGAUGUAUUUUUACAUACUCUUUGCAGCACUAGAUGAUUUUCACCUGGGUGUGAUGGCUUAUGACCGGUUUGUGGCCAUCUGCCACCCCCUGCACUACACAGUCAUCAUGAACCCUUGGCUCUGUGGGCUGCUGGUUCUGGUGUCCUGGAUAGUGAGUGCCACGUAUUCCGUGUUACACAGCUUAAUGGUGUUGCAAUUGUCCUUCUGCUCAGACUUGGAAAUCCCCCACUUUUUCUGUGAAACCAAACAGCUUGUCCAUCUUGCCUGCUCUGAUACCUUCCCCAAUAAUAUGGUGCUCUGUGUUGGAGCUGGAAUCCUGGGUGGUGUACCCCUGGCUGGUAUCCUUUACUCUUACUCUAAGAUAGUGUCCUCUAUGUGUAGAAUCUCAUCAGCUCAGGGGAAGUACAAAGCAUUUUCCACCUGUGCAUCUCACCUCUCAGUUGUCUCCUUAUUUUACUGCGCAGGCUUUGGAGUGUACCUUAGCUCUGCUGCUACUCACAGCUCACGCUCAAGUGUAACAGCCUCGGUGAUGUAUGCUGUGGUCACACCUAUGCUGAACCCCUUCAUCUACAGUCUGAGAAAUAAAGACAUAAAGAGUGCUCUGAAAAGAUUCUUUGGGGAGGCAACUUUUAUAAAAGGGCCAUUUGCCCUUGGACUGAGGAAUUGCUCAUAA